GGGCCGUGAGGCGAUUCGCUUCUUCACAGUCCCUAUUUAGGGUCCUGGACUUGCGAGCUAAAACUACCCUUGCCCCAAAAAUUCAAGUUCUGUUACAGGCUCCGUCCUCUAGGCGGCAUUUUAGGCUCUGAGAGCGGGGAGAUGCACACGCCUCACUCGCAAAUGCCUCCUGCCCAGCCACCCCAACUCUCAUCUCUCCAUUCGAAUCUCUCAACCAUAUCUCCUCAUGAGUUUGGAUAUUGUAAAAAUGGCUCCAGUUCUUCGGAGCUUAAUUGGCCCUUACAGGUCAUGGGUCAUGGAGUUUUACCAUUUCGGGUGCUGAGGAAACCACCCAUAAAGGCCUCAUUUUUCUCUCUCUGCCAGAUCAUGGUUUCUUCAUGUAUUAUCGAUAUUUGACUUGUUUGGUUCUCAAACUUCUUGUUUGUUGGUGAUCAGUUCGCAUUAUGAUCGAGAAUUAGAAUGCCAGGACUAUGAAUGUGUACUGCGUAGUUUUAUGUUGCAUAUCAGACCUUUUGUCUACUUGAGUAUUAUAUAUUUUACUGGUUUUGGUUUGAACUCAAGCAUUGGAUUAUUGUAGGGUAGUUUAUUGUUCGGAAGCUUGGAAUUGAAUUGAAGAGUGGGGGGUUUCAAUGGCUUGAUUAAAGUUGGUUACAUGGGUGGGUUUUCUCGAUCCGAACACCUUGUUUAAUGUGGGUAUUGGGUUGCACUCAUGUUAUUUGGUAUGUUUUUCUAUUUGGGAAGCAUGAAUUAAGAGCAUGUAUGUUGGAAACCCAGUAUUUCGGGGUUGUUUUUCUUUUGGUGAUACAGUAUUCGGGUCUCUUGUGCAAUGAUUGCACUUGAUUCUUUGAAAUUCAGAGAUCUUGGUUUCACCUGAUUUUCAGAUCUAGACUGAGAUUGUUCUUCUACCAUUUUUGGGUCAGGCUGCAAUUUUCAAUUCGAAGUACUGAUUUUCAGGAUAGGAGAUUAUCUGGGUAAGCAUUAUUCCAUUCUUUUAUGAAGGCAUGGACUUGGAUAUGCUUGUAAUAUUUUUUCAGACUAAUUUAUAGUUUGGACAAGGAUGCUGGUCCCCAAACCUCCUGCGGUUUAGCUGAUAGUUCUACCUGGUCGUAAUGGCUGAAUCCAUUCAUGGUUCUGAGUCUGAGAAGGUCAUUUUCUUGCAUGGCGACCUUGACUUGUCGAUUUUGGAAGCGAAAUCUUUGCCAAACAUGGACCUAGUAUCUGAGAGAAUGAGAAAAUGCUUCACCAUGUUUGGUACAUGCAAAAUACCAUGUAAGCACGGGGAAAAACACAAAGGUAGUAAGCACAAGAUCAUAACCAGUGACCCCUAUGUUUCAGUGUGCCUAGCAGGAGCCACAGUGGCCCAAACCAGGAUCAUCUCUAACUGUGAGGACCCAUCUUGGGAUGAACAGUUCCACGUUUCUAUAGCUCACCCUGUAUCAAAGGUGGAGUUUCAAGUUAAAGACAAUGAUGUUCUUGGAGCUGAGCUUAUUGGGGUUGUCUCUAUAUCAGCGGAGAAGAUUCAAACUGGGAACACCAUUACAGGCUGGUUUCCAAUUCUUGGUCAAUAUGGAAAUCCUUUCAAACCUUAUCCUGAGUUGCAUCUCUCUAUGCAGUUCAGGCCUGUAGAGAAUAAUCCUUUGUAUAAGGAUGGUGUUGGAGCUGGGCCUGAUUAUCUAGGGGUCCCCAACACCUAUUUCCCACUAAGAAGAGGUGGGAAAGUUACUCUUUAUCAGGAUGCCCAUGUACCUGAUGAGCUUCUCCCUGAAAUUCAACUAGAUGGGGGGAAGCUUUUACAACAUAAUAAGUGUUGGGAGGAUAUAUGCCAUGCUAUAUUGGAAGCACAUCAUUUGAUAUAUAUCAUCGGAUGGUCAAUUUUUCACAAAGUGAAGCUAGUAAGAGAGCCAACGAGACCAUUGCCUAAUGGGGGAGAAUUGUCACUUGGUGACUUGUUGAAGUUUAAGUCGCAAGAAGGUGUUAGAGUUGUUUUACUCAUUUGGGAUGACAAAACUUCACAUGAUAUGCUUCUCCUGAAAACAGAAGGAGUAAUGCAAACUCAUGAUGAGCAGACUCUAAAGUUUUUUAAGCAUUCAUCUGUGCAUUGUGCGUUGUCACCUCGCUAUGCCAGCAAUAAGCUUAGCAUUUUCAAGCAACAGGUUGUAGGAACCUUGUUUACGCAUCAUCAAAAAUGUGUGCUUGUUGACACCCAAGCUUCUGGAAAUAACAGGAAAAUUACUGCUUUCAUAGGAGGCCUGGAUCUUUGUGAUGGUCGAUAUGAUACACCUGAGCACAGACUAUUUCGGGAUCUUGACAGUGUCUUUGCAAAUGACUUUCACAACCCAACAUUUGCAACUUGUACACGUGGCCCAAGGCAACCAUGGCAUGAUCUGCACUGUAAAAUAGAGGGUCCUGCUGCUUAUGAUAUACUUACGAAUUUUGAGCAGCGGUGGAGAAAAGCAACGAAAUGGCGAGAGUUUAAGCUUAAAAAAGUAACUCAUUGGCAUGACGAUGCCUUGAUAAAAUUAGAGCGCAUCUCAUGGAUACUCAGUCCAUCUACAUCUGUUCCUAGUGACGAUUUUAACCUAUGGGUUUCUCAUGAAGAUGAUGGAGAGUGUUGGCAUGUGCAGGUGUUCCGGUCAAUUGAUUCAGGAUCAGUAAAAGGAUUUCCAAAAGUUGGUCAGGAAGCUGAAGCAAAGAAUCUUGUGUGCGGGAAGAAUCUGGUUAUAGAUAAGAGUAUACAUGCUGCGUAUGUCAAAGCAAUAAGAUCUGCCCAACAUUUUAUAUACAUCGAGAACCAGUAUUUCCUGGGGUCUUCCUAUCAUUGGCCAUCUUACAAAAAUGCAGGUGCAGAUAAUUUAAUACCUAUGGAACUGGCCUUGAAAAUUGCAAGCAAAAUUGUUGCAAAUGAACGAUUUGCCGUGUAUAUAGUGAUACCAAUGUGGCCUGAAGGUGUUCCAGCUAGUGCUUCUGUACAGGAAAUUCUCUUUUGGCAGGGGCAAACAAUGGACAUGAUGUAUCGUAUUAUUGGACAAGCACUUCAGCAAGCAGGUUUAGCUGGCAAAAGUCAUCCCCAAGAUUAUUUGAAUUUUUACUGUCUUGGUAAUCGUGAAAGAGGUCCAAGAGAACGAUUGGCAUCAACAAGUCAACCUUCAGAAAAUAGCGUUUUGGGCUUGACUCAAAAGUUUCGUCGGUUUAUGGUUUAUGUUCAUUCCAAGGGAAUGAUAGUGGACGAUGAAUAUGUAAUCCUGGGGUCUGCCAACAUUAACCAAAGAUCUAUGGAUGGCUCAAGAGACACUGAAAUUGCUAUGGGUGCUUAUCAACCUCACCAUAAAUGGGCCGGAAGCAAAGGCCCUCCUCACGGUCAGGUGUAUGGAUACAGGGUGUCUUUGUGGGCAGAGCAUCUGGGCUUCCUAGAGGAGUGUUUCCAUACUCCCGAGAGCAUGGAAUGCGUAACGCGUGUGAACCACUUUGCUGAGUAUAAUUGGCGCACGUUCAUAUCCGAAGAAGUGAAGGAUAUGAAAGGUCAUCUGAUGAGGUACCCAAUUAAGGUGGAUAGUGAAGGGAGGGUUGGACCAUUACCAGGCCAUGAAUGUUUCCCUGAUGUUGGUGGUAGGAUUCUUGGGUCGCACAACUCUCUUCCUGAUAGUCUAACCACAUGAUAUGACAAAGUACUGGUUAACACAUGUGAUGGAUGAUCCAGAUUGGCCUCAUGACAUCUAACAUUGUUCUCUUGCUUGGAAAAUUGGAUGCAGUCUAGGAAUCGGGCAUGGGCUUGAGUGGUUAGUAGCUGACAUUUAGCAGCACUACAUCUCAAGGUCGAUUCCUGCCGCUAAACUAACAAAAAAUAAAAAAUAAACAAAAUGGAUGUAGUCAAAUCUAGCCAUUUUAUGGAAUGCAAAGCUAUAUGUAUCAUUGUAAUGACAAGGUUGUAUGGAGAAGAGGCCAAGUCUUGUGAGCAAUAGUACUUCUCUCCUUGAUGUUGUAACCGCAUGAUAUGACAAAAGCAUGCAAUCCAUCCAUGCGACGUAUGGUCUAGAUUGACCUAGUGGCAUCUAAUGGUGGUUUCUGGCCUGCUAAUGUAAUGCGAUUUGAUCUAGACCAUCCAUUUUGAAGUUCGACGGCUUCAUAUAUUGUGAAAAUAAAGAGUCUAGAGAGACGAUGUUGAGCUACAAGUUACAGGAUUUAAUCCAGGUAAUCAAUUUGGAAGCUUGUUUACUAUUGUAGAAAAAGCUUUUAGAUCGAAUUCUAAGGCCGGUAAACAAUGUCAACAUCUUCUCUGUCUCUCUCUCUCUCUC